AUGGCAGAAUAUGAAGCUUGCAUCAUGGGUUUGAACAUGGCAAUAAACCUAAAUGUGCAUGAACUGUUGGUGAUGGGAGAUUCAGAUUCGCUUAUUCGGCAGGCUCAAGGUGAUUGGGAGACUCGAUACUUCAAGCUCAUUGCAUAUAGACAAUGUGUGGAAGAUCUUAGCAAAAGGUUCAAGUCCAUCGAGUUCAGGUACAUUCCCAGGUUUCACAAUGAAUUAGCUGAUGCCUUAGCCACCUUGGCCUCAAUGCUUCCAUAUCUGGGUAAUACUCAUAUUGACCCACUAGAAAUUAAAAUUCGGGAUCAACAUGGUUAUUGCAAUACAAUUGAAGCAGAACCAGAUUGUGACAAAUGGUAA